UCUCUCUCUCUCUCUCUCUCUCAUCACUAUUCGUCGUCUGUUUCUCUCUCAUUCAAAUGUCAAUAAACCAAUACUCAAGCGAUUUCAACUACCACUCUCUCAUGUGGCAACAACAGCAGCACCGCCACCACCACCAUCAAAACGACGUCGCGGAGGAAAAAGAAGCUCUUUUCGAGAAACCCUUAACCCCAAGUGACGUCGGAAAACUCAACCGCCUCGUCAUCCCAAAACAGCACGCCGAGAGAUACUUCCCUCUCGCAGCAGCCGCCGCAGACGCGAUGGAGAAGGGAUUACUUCUCUGCUUCGAGGACGAGGAAGGUAAGCCAUGGAGAUUCAGAUACUCGUAUUGGAACAGUAGCCAGAGUUAUGUCUUGACCAAAGGAUGGAGCAGAUACGUCAAGGAGAAGCAGCUCGACGCCGGUGACGUCAUUCUCUUCCACCGCCACCGUGUUGACGGAGGAAGAUUCUUCAUUGGCUGGAGAAGACGCGGCAACUCUUCCUCCUCUUCCGACUCUUAUCGCCAUCUUCAGUCCAAUGCCUCGCUCCAAUAUUAUCCUCAUGCAGGAGUUCAAGCGGUGGAGAGCCAGAGAGGGAAUUCGAAGACAUUAAGACUGUUCGGAGUGAACAUGGAGUGUCAGCUAGACUCCGACUUGCCCGAUCCAUCUACACCAGACGGUUCCACCAUAUGUCCGACCAGUCACGACCAGUUUCAUCUCUACCCUCAACAACACUAUCCUCCUCCGUACUACAUGGACAUAAGUUUCACAGGAGAUGUGCACCAGACGAGAAGCCCACAAGGAUAAAAAAAUAGUUCAGAUCUGGUCCCUGUCAUGUUUUAGUUGUUGAUCCCUUACUUUUACAAGGUUCAUUUUGUAUUAUCUAAAGCAAAAUCGUAUUGAUUCUUCGUUUAACCUUGCUCAGUUUUCACUCUCUUCUUUUUAUUUCUAUAUAUGUAUUUGAUUCUUUUCUAUACAUUAGUUAACAAUUGUAUAGAGUUCAAAGCUCU